CUGCUGUUGUGAGAGUGACGUCAGCCCUAUCACUUGUGGAGAGUGAAGCGACGCCGCAGUCCGCGAUCUGCAGUGUGUGAGAGAGCAGGUACAGCCGAUACUUCACCUGGAAACCUCAACCGCACGUCCUCCGUUAUCCGCGGAUAUUUCCGGUUACGCACAAAUCACAAAAACACCCCGUCUUUCUCAUUCGCCCUGCGCACGAUGACUUUUAGCGAGCCAGUGGAGUAGAGGAUCUCUCACAUCCCACCUGCAGUCAUGAAUGGUGGCUUUUCUAUUUGGGCUAUAACUCCAGAGGAGAGGGGGAAACAUGACAAACAGUUUGACUCGCUGGCUCCCACCCUGGGAUAUUUGUCAGGAGAUCAAGCAAGAAAGUUUUUCCUGCAAUCUGGUCUUCCCACAUCGGUCCUGGCAGACAUCUGGGCUCUGGCGGACAUAGGAAAGGAUGGGAAGAUGGACAGAUUGGAGUUCUCUAUUGCAAUGAAACUAAUUAAACUGCAGCUGCAGGGUCAGCCACUUCCGUCCAGCCUGCCGAUCAUCAUGAAGCAGACGCCCACCCCUGUGAUGACGUCAUCAGCACGCUUCGGUAUGGGCUCCAUGCCAAAUCUCUCUGCCAUGUCGGUGAUGCCCAUUCUAACACCCGUUCCCACAUGCCCUGUCAUGGCCCCUUUAGUUCCUGUGCCCACCCUGAUGUCUGGGCCACUGCCUCAGAUGCCCAACUCUAUCAGUGUGCCAGCCUUACCUAAUGGCAAUGCAACUCUCCUCACACCAACACCAGCAUUCCCAGUGUCCAGUGGUUUAAGUAAAUCUCACUCACUCUUGGACCUUGGCUCUAGCAGUUCUAACUCGUCCUCCACCACCUCCCUUGCGAGUAACUCCCCGAAAACGAGUGCUUCUGAUUGGGCAGUGCCUCAGUCGUCCCGUCUGAAGUUUCGACAACAGUUCAACAGCCUGGACAAGCUGAUGAGUGGAUACCUGUCAGGUCCCCAGGUCAGAAAUGCCCUCACAGCUUCAAACCUUACACAAACACAGCUUGCCACCAUAUGGUUUCUGGCUGAUGUGGAUCGUGAUGGGCAGUUGAGAGCUGAAGAGUUUAUUCUAGCGAUGCAUCUGGUUGAAAUGGCCAAGACAGGACGGCCUUUACCUCUCACUUUACCUCCCGACCUUGUACCUCCUUCACUCAGAACAGCCAAGUCAUGUGACCUGCUGAACGGACCUGUUCCUCUGAUUAACACUGAGCUGAUUGAGCCAGAACUGCCACUGAAAAACAAGAGCAAUGUUUCAUAUGAAGACAAACUGAGGGAGAAUUUCCAGAGGGGAAACGCAGAGCUAGAGAAGCGUCGCCUAGCUCUUCAGGAGCAGCAGAAGAGAGAGGAGGAGCGCAGGAGAGAAGACGAGAGACGAGACGAGGAGAAGAGACAGCAGAAGGAGAGAGAGGAGCGAGAGAGGAGAGAGAGAGAAGCGCGAGAGAUGGAGAUCAGGAGACAGAGAGAGGAGGAGCGCAGGAUGGAGAGACACAGAGAGCUGGAGCGACAGAGAGAGGAGGAACGACUGAAAGAAUUAGAGCGGCGAGAGGAAGCGGAGCGACAGAGAAGGAGGGAAUGGGAGAAGAGCAAACGUGUGGAGCUUCAGACUCAGAAAGAAAAGGAGCAGAAUGACAUACAGAGACUGAAGGACAGGAAGAGGAGUCUUGAGAUCGAGCUGGAGGCCGUGGGUAAUAAGCAUAAGCAGAUCUCCAGCCAGCUGCGGGAUGCUAAGAGUAAGAAGCAGGUGCAGUGGACUGAUUUAGAGCUGAUCAACCAGAGGAGAGACGUCUGCAUUGCUGAUAUCAACUCUCUGCAGUUACAGUUUGAAGAGAUCCAGAGGCAGUUGAAUCAACUGGGCCCUGAAAAGCAGCAACUGGCAGACAGACUUGUACAUUUUACCCAAAACAUCUCCAGUCCUUUGAUAAAUGAUGUGAAACAGAGUGUGUGCGAGAAAGAUCGGAGCUGUCGGAAGCUGAAGGAGCAGCUGGAUGUUUUGGAGAGAGAAACCACAGCCAAACUCUCACAAAUGGAGCAGUACAACAGAGAAAUCAAGUUUGUAGAAAUGGAUGACUGUGUGCUUCAAGGACUUCUCUCUUUGCUGGGCUGCUUAACCAAUCUCUUCCUUCUAAUAAAGGAAUUGAGACAGAAGCAGAGCCAGCAGCAGGACGUCCUGGAGCAGCUCAGGAGAGUCCGAUCUGACAAACUCAAAGAGCUCCAGAGACACAGGAAAGAGGAAGAGGAGAGAAAGAGGAAGAAAGAAGAGGAGGCCGCCAGACAGGCCCAAUUGGAGCAGGAGCGGCUGGAGCAGGAGGAGGCUGAGAGGCAGAGGAAACUUGCACAGGAGCGAGAGGCCAAACUCAGGGAAGAGCAGCAGCGGCAGGCCCAGGCCAGACUGCUGGAGGCCCAGGAGCAGGCCAGAGCCAAAGAAGAGAAGAGGAGAGCUGAGGAGAAGGACAGGAAUGAGCUGGACGUACACACUCACUCCAGCCUGCCAUUCAACAGCACAGAAAACAACAUUUUGCAGCCAGUAGAGAUCCCUGAAGUCACGUGUAGUUCUCUGACCAGCUACAGAGCUCUCUAUCCCUUCACUGCACGCAACUCAGAUGAGCUCACGCUUGAGGCAGACUGUCUCAUCCAGGUGGAUGAAUCGACAGUCAGAGAGACCGGUUGGCUGUAUGGCAGUUACAGUGGAAACAUAGGCUGGUUUCCAGAGAGCUACGCUGAGAGAUGCAGUAAAGACAGUCAGACUCAACCGACUGCAGCUGAAACUGACUCCACUGCGCCCUCUGCCAACUACCCUGGAAUUCCUCGAGUGGACAUAGAAGGACCAACACCAACACACACCCCAGUAUCCACAAACAUGCAGCACUCACAGGCUGUAGCUCUGUGUGAGUGGAGUGCUAAGACUGACAGUCACCUGGGCUUCUGCAAGGACGACGUUAUUACAGUUCUGGAGAAGCAGGAGAACUGGUGGUACGGAGAGCUCAAGGAGAGACGGGGCUGGUUUCCCUGCUCACAUGUCUCUGUGGUCACUACCAAUAACACACAGAGCGAGCCACUGUAUUCUACCGUGGAGGAGAAUGAAGUUUCAGACUCGGGUUCGCUUGAUGAGUAUGUGGCUCUGUACACGUAUGAGAGUCCAGAGUCAGGAGACCUGACAUUCAGUGCAGAGGAUGUGGUUCUGGUUACAGAGAAAGAAGGAGAGUGGUGGAGAGGCUGCAUUGGUGACCAGACGGGCCUCUUCCCUUCCAACUAUGUUAAACCCAAAGAUCCUGAUACUGCCAGUUCUGCAGUUCCCAGUAAAAAGCCAGAAAUAGCUCAGGUGACUACAGUCAGUCCCGCAACAACACCAGAGCAGCUGAGUCUGACACCUGGCCAGCUGAUUGUGGUGCUGCAUAAGAACUCAAACAGCUGGUGGCUCGGUGAACUACAGGCACGGGGUAAGAAGCGUAAAAAGGGCUGGUUCCAAUCCUCUAAUGUUCGAUUACUGGAGGCCAACAGUGGCAAAAUAACUCCUGCACCUCAACCAUUGUGUCAGGUUAUUGCAAUGUAUGACUACAAAGCAGCCAAUAAGGACGAGAUGAGCUUCCAGAAAGGUCAGCUGAUCACCGUACUGAACAAGGACAACCCUGACUGGUGGAAAGGAGAGGUCGCAGGGGUCACAGGGUUGUUUCCAACUAAUUAUGUGAAGAUGACCACAGAAUGUGAUCCAAGCCAGCAAUGGUGUGCUGAUCUGCUUAGUUUAGAAUCUAUGUGCACUGAGGAGAGGAAGAGGCAAGGCUACAUCCAUGAGCUCAUUCAGACAGAAGAGUCUUACCUGGAAGACCUGGAGUUGGCAGUGGAGGUGUUUUACAAGCCGAUGGCAGAGUCCGGACGGCUGACCGAGGCUGAGAUGAGCUUGAUCUUUGUGAACUGGCGCGAACUGAUCAUGUGCAGCACCAAACUCCUAAAAGCUCUGCGUGUGCGUAAAAAGACAGCAGGUGAGCGGAUGCCCGUGCAGGUGGUCGGUGAUAUCUUGUCCUCUGAGCUAUCACACAUGCAGGCCUACAUUCGCUUCUGCAGCUGCCAGCUCAACGCAGCCGCCCUGCUGCAGCAGAAAACGGACAAAUCACUGGACUUCAAACUCUUCCUCAAGAAAAUCGCCAGUAAUUACCGCUGUAAAGGAAUGCCACUGUCCAGCUUCCUCCUAAAGCCCAUGCAGAGGAUCACCCGAUACCCACUGCUGAUCAAAAACAUUCUGGAAAACACCCCUCCAGCUCACGCUGACCACUCCAACCUGCAGGCGGCACUGGAGCAGGCAGAGGAGCUUUGCUCACAGGUGAAUGAGGCCGUGAGGGAGAAGGAGAACUCAGACCGACUCGAGUGGAUCCAGAACCACGUGCUAUGUGAUGGAGUCAUUGAGCACCUUGUUUUUAACUCUCUGACGAACUGCCUGGGCCCUCGAAAACUGCUGCACAGCGGCAAACUGCACAAGACCAAGAGCAGCAAAGAGCUCUGGGCUCUGCUGUUCAAUGACUUCCUGCUCCUCACAUACACUUCCAAACAGUUCUCAUCCAGCCCAGACAAACUCUUCAAUCCCAACUCCAACACACAGUACAAGAUGUACAAGACGCCAGUGUUUCUGAAUGAGGUCUUGGUGAAAAUGCCGUCUGACCCGUCCAGCGAUGAUCCAGUUUUCCACAUUUCACACAUCGAUCGUGUUUACACACUCAAGACCGACACCAUUAAUGAGAGGACGACGUGGGUGCAGAAGAUCAAAGCAGCAUCUGAUCACUUCAUAGAGACCGAGAAGCUGAAGAGAGAGAAGGCGUAUCAAGCUCGCUCUCAGAAGAACAGUGGCAUCGGCCGACUGCUGGUAACGGUGUUGGAGGCCACAGAGCUGAAGCCCUGCAAACCCAAUGGGAAGAGUAACCCAUACUGUGAACUAACCAUGGGCGCCCAGUGCUACACGUCCCGGCAUCAGCCUGACACACUCAACCCCAAAUGGAGCUUCAACUGCCAGUUCUUCAUCAAAGACUUGUACCAGGAUGUCCUGUGCCUCACCGUCUUUGAGAGAGACCAGUUCUCUCCUGAUGAUUUUCUAGGUCGAACUGAAGUUCCUGUAGCGACAAUAAAGAAGGAUCAAGAUGGUAAAGGGCCACUGGUUCGACGACUGCUGCUUCAUGAAGUCCCGACCGGAGAGGUUAAAGUGAGGCUUGAUCUGCAGCUUUAUGAACAAACACCUCAUCUGUGAACUGAGAAGUGCAACAUUAAACACGUCACUUCACCAGUUUCAAAGUUUGUGUUGAUUUUUAAAAAAAGAUAUGAGUGACGGAAACUUUACCUCACACGCUGUUGAUAGUGGAAAAGGUGAACCACUAGACAUACUGUACCCUACAUGCUGUAAAAAGGAGGGCUACAUGGAUCAUGCGUUUUUGUUGACCAAAACCUGAAGACUGAAAUAAGGGGUCUGUUUCAGUAAGGAGGUUCAACCGACUCUGAGUUUAAACUUGAGCUCGGAGUUGAUUUUAUCGAAAGAUUAAAAACUCAGAGUUUUUGGUUUCAGAACAGCCGAUCUGAGUCAGAUCAAUCAACUUUGAAUAGACCAACUCAGAGUUAAGCGCCCACACCGCAACUAUAAAAAGGCAUUAUCAAUGGAGCGCCGAUAUUACGUGUGACCAUGGCAACAUCUGAAAAAAAGAGAUCAGCAUUUCUUUCUCCAGCUGAACUUAAUGUGCUCAUGCAAAGUUAUAGCAAAUAUGAGCAUAUAUUUAAAAAAGCAUAACCACUGCAUUAGCGAAACAGACAGUUAGCGUGGGAAAACAGCUGCUCAAGUUAAUGUGUAAGGUUACAUUUAAAGUAUUUAAAUAAGUUUAAAAUUUAAGUAUAAUAAAAUAAGUAAUGUUAUGUGUGACGUUUAUAAAAAUUUUAAACACGUUCCCACUUUUAUACACGUUGAUCAGUUUUAAUAGAUUUAAAAGUGCACUUUUGUGUCUGCCUCUAUUAUUGAGCAAAUGAUAGAGGUUGACAUGACAUUUAGAAUGCAAGCAGAACUAAAAAUUAGUUUUUAGAACGAAUAAUAAUCCCAUAUAAUAUAACUAGUUACAGUACAUGUCGAAGGUCAGUGAAUUUAAGCUAAUUAUUCAUAAAAAAAAAGCACAAGCCAUUCUCGUACAUGACUUUGUUCUUUGUGUGACUGAAAUGUAGGUAAUAGCUAUGUUUCCAUUCAAAAAUAUUAAUUAAAUUUAUGUGCAAAAGUGGAUAAACGCAUAAAAGAUGCAAAUAAAGCGUUUUCAUCCAAUGAAUCAAAGAGAAAAAAGUCACUUCCUUAAUAACUGGCGCCAAAUACCAACAGUUAAAACAGAAUUUACUGCGGUAGAAGAAGCUGUGUCAAUCUUUUCUUUAUUUAAAGCCAUGAGAUAGAGAGAACAGACGCUCCUGACACGCUGCAGACACUCAGGAGGUCAUUAAUAAUAUAAUAACAUUAAUACUGAAACUGUUAAGGCAUUUUAGAAUGACUAAAACAGCAUUUCAGAUGGUUUACAGUGUGCUCAGCCUGCUGGUUUGUCUAUUGACACACAUUUUUCAUCAUCAUCUCUUAUAACAAACCUUUUUUUAUUCCACAUUCUGGAAUUUGUUCAGUAAAAGUGUUUCCAUCGUAGUUUAUGCGCAUCAUUUCUUAUCGAACAUAAAGUUUAUUCUACUCAGUUAUGAGCAUAUGUUUUUUAUGCCUAUUUUCAAAAGUUAUGUGCAUCAUGACGUUUCCAUCAGUUGUUUUCUAAGCGCACAUCCAAAAUGAGCAUUAAAAUAGGUGGGUGGAAACGUAAAGCUAAGGCGAGAAAUACCGCUUCAUCUUUAAAAAGGGGAGGAGACCGACAGAAACUCUGAGUUUAGAGAAUAAAACCUGCUCCUGCAGAGGUUAGGUUCAUAGAGUAAGUGAACACGGUAAUUGACUCUGAGUUAAAUUUACCUCUCUUUCAAAAAAAGGCUUGACUUACCCUGCUUUCUCCAGUUUGACAAACCUGCCAUUUUGAAAUGGAAAUCCCAGAGUUUCUCUCAUUUCAGGGUUAAAAUACUCUGAGUUUUCACUUAACUUCCUUUCUGAAACGGACCCAAGGUGUGUGAUUAAUACAAGCUCAAUGUAAGGGUGUCAAACUCAGUUGCUGGAGGGCUGCAACCCUGCAGAGUUUAAUUCCAGUCCUGCUUCAACACAACUACCUGAGGUUAGGGAUGGCUGAUGUGAAACUGAUGUUUCGACACAGUAUUGAGAUCCCAAAAGUGUUUCGAACACUGCACCAAAGCAUGAUCUGAAACACCCAGGUAACGUGACUAAUGUGAUUCGAAACACUCAGGUCACUCGACUAAAGUGAUUCGAAACACCAAGCUCACGUGACUAAAGUGAUUCGAAACACCAAGCUCACGUGACUAAAGUGAUUCGAAACACCAAGGUCACGUGACUAAAGUGAUUUGAAACACCAGGUCACAUGACUAAAGUGAUUUGAAACACCAGGUCACGUGACUAAAGUGAUUUGAAACACCAGGUCACGUGACUAAAGUGAUUUGAAACACCAGGUCACGUGACUAAAGUGAUUUGAAACACCAGGUCACGUGACUAAAGGGAUUCAAAUUAUCAUUAUUUCAGAAGCGUUCGAGACCUGGAGAAUCUGUGUUUGACUGACAGGUCGGAAAAAAAAUCCCUAUCUCAUGUAGCUUAGUCGACUGUGCUUGAAAACUAAUCUCUAUAGCUGCAUCACCCUGGAUUCGAACCCAUUAUCUCUGCAUGCUAGUUAGAAACUCUCACUGCUUCACUAAAUCACUUGAAACCUCAACUCUACAAUGUGGGCUUUAAUACCUCAAUUUGCGUAACCGUUUCUGUGCUGAAGCUGUUUCGGGGCAAUACAUAAAAAUAUUACCACUAGGUGUCACUGUAGAGACAGGUUUUCGAAAUGUUUUGACAGAUUUCCUUCAACUGUUUCAGUGCUUCAUGAAGCCUCGCUUUGCCCACCACUACCUGAGGUAUCAAACAAACCUAAAGCACUCAAUUAGUUUGAUCAAGUGUGUUUAAUUAGGGUCGGAACUACACUGUGCAGAGUUAUGGCCUCCAGGGACACCAGAGUUUGACACCUGUGAGAUUCAUGUUCAUUCCAUGCUUGUGCUUUUUUUAAGCUUGUGCUUUAAAAGGUUUUUAAACAAGUGGCUACAGAGGCUGUGAAGGACACCAAACGUCAAAAUACUAAGAGGUACUGUGCUAGUCCACCUUAUUAUUGUACUUUUGCACAGUUUUAACUGAGACUGGAGAAAAAGAGACUGAAAUAGUUGCCAGAAGCUUAAACGCACUAAUAGCCUAAAGUUGAUAUAAAGAACAAAAUGACAAACUAUAAACGCUUUUAUCCAGUGUCACUUACAUUUGAACUGAAGGUAAAGAUUUAUUUUUAUUGGUUGCUUGUUUUCUCUGGGAAUAGAACCAAUAACCCUGACACCAUGCUCUACGUAUUAAGCUACAGAAAGGCAGAAAUCUGUGUAAAGUCAUUUAGUUCAAUUCAAUUUUUUUCAAUUCACCUUUAUUUGUAUAGCACUUAUACAAUGUAGAUUGUGUCAAAGCAGCUUCACAUAAAAGGUCAUAGUAAAUAGGAACAGUGUAGUUCAGUUUGUAGUGUUUAAGUUCAGUUCAGUUGAGCUCAGUUCAGUGUGGUUUAAUAAUCACUACUGAGAGUCCAAAUAUUGAAGGGCAAAUCCAACGAUGCGCAGCUCUACUGAUCCCGAACCAUGCAAGCCAGUGGCGACAGCGGAGAGGGAAAAAAAAAACUUCACUUAUGGCGGAAGUGAAGAAAAAUUUAGAACAAAAUCAGGCCAAAACGUUCUGCGGUUUCUGCUUUCUGUACAAUCAGGGAACAGAUGAGAACAAACUAACAUUGGCAAAAACCAACAAAACCUUUUAAAACAUUUUUUUUUUGUUCCAAUAUGACAUACUGUACAUAUCAGAUCAAAUUAAAUGUAUAUACACCUCUAGUGUAAAGUGCAAUAGAUAAAUCUUCAAACUUCCAAAUCACUAUGAUUAGAUGCUUUCUUAACUGCUGUUUUCUCACUGCUGUAAUUUUACUUGUAUGUUUUGUUUUUAUUGACAGGAAAAUGUGCAGCACAUAUUUAAAUAUUUUUCUAAAACCUAAAAAGACUGAAAAGAGCAUUGCUGUAAGACUGUUGAGGCCAAAUUGCUGGAAAUAGUACAUAAAUAGUAAAUAGAACAUUUACAGCCUAUGCUCAUCUUUUUACUUCUGCCAGUUAAAUUUAUGCUUCGAAAUUGAUCAAAGUUGUAUUCAUUUGAGAAGACUUUUAAGUUAAAGAAUAUUAAAGCUGUACUAGCAAUAGAGCUUACUUUCUGAAAAACUCCAAAAGCCAAAGAAAAACAAAAAACAAAACAGAAUGAAUGCUAAUUUACCAUUCAUGUUGGCCUACAAAAAUCAUCCCUGCAGCACUAGUAGGGGCUCAUAGUUUCAUAUUUACUUUCACGAAUGCUCAUAUUAUGCAGAAAACUGCGUAAAAAUGUGAGGAUUUGGUUGGGACAGGAACUGGUUUCUAUUUUAAAAAUGUUUAAUUCUUUAUCCCCCAGUUUCACAAACAAGGUUUAAGGCUAGUCAAGAUUAAAUUACAUGUUUAAGCUGUCCCAACUCAAAAUAACUUGCAGUGAGAUAUCUUAAAAUAUGUCAGUGUCAUUUUUUUGUCUCCAGGUGCACACCAGUAAUAUAUUUAUUCUAAGGCCAUUUUUAUAAAUGUGGCUUAAAUAGCCUAAUUUAACUAAGGCCUACUAUUGGCUUAAUCUAAGCCCUGUUUGUGAAACUGGGCCUAUAUUUCAUUAGUAAUCCAAACCUAAUCUACAAAAGUUUCAAAUAAACAUUUUUUAAUUGAGUUUUUCUGGCCUAUUAAUCAAGCCUCACAUUUUUAAAUGGCAAAAAAUUGCUGUAAUGUGAGAACUCUGAAAUUCACUGUUUUGCAGUGUCGCUUGAACCCUUUACCUUUGCAUUUAUUACAUUUUUCUUUAACACCUUUAAUCUGAACACCAUGUACAGUAGCUUCCCAUGUAUAAAUAGAUUAAAAAUAUAUGUCACUGUUUUAAUGAAAUCGCUCGCACUCAUAAAUGCCAAACUUAAAUCCCUUACACCAAGCGUGCACGUGGUUCCAAAUCCUGUUCCUGGAGCUUAAGAAUUUUAUUAUUAAAUACUGAAACACUGUUAACACAAAACACAAUCUAUAAAUCUAUAAACAAACUAAUAUAUUAUUCUAAAUUAUUAUUUGAAGAAAUUUAAGGAAGUUUAAGAAUGUAAAAUUUGUUUGGUUUUCCAACAGCAGUGGGCUUUAUGGAGAUUUUAUGUACAUUUUGGAUUGUUGAUGCAGAAUGUUGUACGUUUGUGUUUAUUUGAAUGUUGUUCAAUUAAUGCACAAUUGUAUAAACUGCUUAAAUAGUAGAUUGUUGUAUAGCCUUGAGUACAAUUAUUCACAUACACCAAAGAUAAAAUUAAAGACACCGAAUGUU